UGAAUUGUACGUCAUGAGCGACUUGAGCGACCAAAGCGAACAGAAAAAUUCGCAGCGAAACUUUGUGAGCGACAAUGGACGGUGGCGGAGAUGAAAUAUCAGAUGAACGGAUAGCGGAGGCUUGUCUCAGAGGGGUCAUGGAGGAGGAGCUGAGGGAGGGUCACCUGGACGUCGAGGCUCCGGCGCUGCCACCGGGCCCCGAGCCGCAGAGUGAGGCGGAGAGAGAUUUGAUGGAUGAGUUGGGCCGAAGGGUUCGCCAACAGAGCUCCCUUCUCAAAGGCAACCAAGAGUUACAAGACUCCAUCGAUGGGGUGAUUCGAAUGCCAGGUUCAAUGAUGGACAAGUUCUCACAGCUGGCAGGCAAAGUGUUUAAGAAUGGAGUGACCUGGGAUAAAAUCAUAUUGCUGUUCUAUGUUGCCGGAAGGAUGGCAAUAAAGGUGAUGGAAGAUAAUCUGCCUCUACAGGUGAUUGAGAUCUUCAAGAUAGCGUUGAAUUACUUCAAGGAGAAACUACUGGGCUGGGUCACUAGCCAUGGAGGAUGGAGCAACUGUCUGUCAGAGCUAAGUGGCCGUAUGCAGGGCAUGCCACUCACCACCAAGCAGACACUCAUCAUCAUCAUCGCCGGCCUGGCCUUCCUGAGCAUCGUCGCCUGGAAGCGGACACGGAGGGCCUGAAGCCAGGGCCACGGAGGGCCUGAGGCCAGGGCCACGGAGGGCCUGAAGCCAGGGCCACGGAGGGCCUGAGGCCAGGGCCACGGAGGGCCUGAGGCCAGGGCCACGGAGGGCCUGAGGCCAGGGCCACGGAGGGCCUGAGGCAGGGGACGGAGGGCCUGAGGCCAGGGCCGCUGCCAGCCAUUUGGGUGAUUGCUUAGUGGUAGUUAUGACUCCAUUUUACCUACAGAUUUUGAUCUUACUCUCAUUUUGACAGAGAAAUCGGUUAUACCAGCCUGUUAUCAGUAUCAGUCACAUUCAGUUACUCAGUGGUGUAGUGUAAGGAUAUGUUUCUUCAGAUUGCCAAAUUAUUUUUACAAACAGAUUUUUUUAUAUUUGUAUUUGAGAUAGGGCAAAAAAAAUAAUGCAUGCUCCGCAAAAAUAACUAACUAAAUAAGCGGGCCCCGUCCAUGCAGUAUACGCUCUGGCUCGGCUGCAUGUCUGACACGGCCCUUAGUCGAAGAGCUCGUCCCUCGUUGCGGAUCAUCGUCCGUUAUCUGGAAAUAUUUCGGAUUUAGGGCAAGCGAUUUGAACCAGCAUCAAACAACUUCAAAGUGUGCUGUAGAGCUGUGUCAGCGCCGCAAGGCAACACAACUAAUUCAUUCGGCCACCUGAACACACACCACAAAAUAGACUGACGAAUGCAUGAAUGCUAUGAAAGUGUUGCAUCGGCCAAUGCAAUCACAUUCCAUUUGGCCAAAGAUAUGUGUCCAAUAAACACCGUCAGUAAUGAAGUCUUCAAGAAAAUGGUAAACAUACUGGACAAUAGGUAUGUUAUCCCCUCGCGCAAUUAUUUUUCCAAAGUGGCGUCACCAGCGCUGUAUUCAAAACGUCAGGGAGAAUGCCUUUUCUACUGGUGCAUUCUCUGGUGGCAUAUUUAUUUUAGUAAUCCUAUUUAUUUAAACGCCUUAUUUACAAGUUGAACAAAUCUUUUACAAUUUAAACAUUGUCAAAUCUGUGCCCUGUUGAUUUAAGUUGGUGAUAUCUAUGCAAAGAUUUGUACAUUAGCAGGAAUGUAGCACAGUGGUUCACGGUUGUUAAAGCAGUGUCAUGUUAACGUGAUCGUUGAAUACAAAUAUUUGUCAAUCAAAUGAAUAAUCGUGGUAAAUAAUCGGGAUAUCAGUAUUGAUCAAAAUAAUUGUGAUAAUCAUGUUGGCCAUAAUCCCGCACCCCUAAUAUGACAUGUGACAAUAAAUACAUCAUCUUAAA